CAGCAUCCAGGGCCGCCGCCAGAUGCCCCAUGAGCCUGCUCGGGAGCUACCGGAAAAAGCCCAGUAACGAUGGUUAUGAAUCUUUGCAGCUGGUGGAGUCCAACGGGGAGCCGAGUAACCGGGCGGAGCGGCCGGGAGGCGGGCAGGCAGUGAGCGGGCCGGCGGCAGGAGCAGCUCUCCCGGCAUCACCAGCAGCGAGGAGCCCGGCCAGGCCGCCGGAGAGCAGCACCAUGGACAGCUCAGAGGCCUCAUCUCCGGACAUGGAGGCCAAUUAUGGUGGGGGUCUCCUGGACAUUGUGAAAGGAGGAGCAGGACGUCUCUUCAGCAACUUGAAGGACAACCUUAAGGACACCUUAAAAGACACCUCUACUAAAGUAAUGCAGUCCGUGGCCAGUUACACAAAAGGAGAGCUGGAUAUUUCAUAUAUUACCACGCGGAUUAUCGUGAUGUCGUUCCCGGCAGAGGGGGUUGAGUUGGGAUUCCGUAACCAUAUAGAAGACGUGCGCUCCUUCCUAGAUUCUCGCCAUCUGGAUCGUUACACGGUGUUCAACUUGUCUCCGAAGUCCUACCGCAGCGCCAAGUUCCACAACAGGGUCUCAGAGUGCAGCUGGCCGGUCAGACAAGCUCCCAGCCUGCAUAAUUUAUUCGCCGUUUGCAAGAACAUGCACAACUGGCUGCAGCAGAACCCCAAAAAUGUCUGCGUCAUCCACUGCAUGGAUGGCCGUGCGGCGUCCGCGGUCCUCGUCAGCUCCAUGUUCUGUUUCUGUCAUCUCUUUUCCAAUCCCUUUCCUGCAAUCCAGCUGCUGAACUCCAAGCGUCCCGGAAUCGGGCUCUGGCCGUCACACCGGAGGUACAUCGGAUAUAUCUGUGACCUGGUAUCAGACAAACCCACUCAUCCUCACUGCAAACCGAUUCUUAUCAAAUCCGUCACGCUGAGUCCUGUCCCGUGUUUCAACAAGCAGAGGAACGGAUGCCGCCCCUUCUGUGACGUCCUCAUCGGAGAGACGCGGAUCUUCAGCACAAUGCAGGAUUACGAAAGGAUGAAGGAGUAUCGUGUUCAGGACGGGAAGGUGGUCAUUCCGCUGGGGGUCACAGUUCACGGGGAUGUGGUGGUCUCCGUUUCCCAUAUGAGGUCCACCAUUGGAGGAAGACUUCAAGCUAAGAUGACAAAUACUCAGAUAUUCCAGAUUCAGUUCCAUACGGGAUUCAUAGCGCUGGACACCGCUACGCUCAAAUUUACAAAGCCGGAGCUGGAUGCGUGCGACUCUCCCGAGAAAUACCCGCAGCUGUUCCACGCCACUCUGGAGCUGGAGAUGGAAGCCACGGACAGACAGACGGACCUGACGCCCCCGUGGGAACACUUCCCGUCCAAAGACAUUAACCCCGCCAUACUUUUUUCCUCCCAUCAGGAACUCCAGGACGCUCAGGCAGCUGGCGGUAAAGCUCCUACCGAACAGCAUCAAGACAACAUAAAGACCCCAGGACAGAGCACAUUCUUCUCCUCUUUGAGUUGGCAAGAACAAAGGUCAGAGAAGUCCGGCUCGCACCCCGUGGCGGAGGAUCGCGCGGCGUUGGUCCACGAGGAGAGCGAGCAGUCGGACGACGAACUCCUCUCCCUCUCCAGCCAGCACAGUAACACGAGCGGCGAGAAGCUACACGGGACCCCAAAGCACAAAAAAGCCCCCCCGCCGGCUCCUUCCGCCCCCGCUGAGGAUGUAGACCUGCUGUGUCUGGAUGGGAGUGCUGUGAGCCGCACUCCUCCUUCCCAGCCAAAACCACCCCCCUCAAACUCAGACUUAUUGAAUGAUAUUUUUGGGGGUGCGCCUCAGGGAACCGGGGAGACCCUCUUCCAAACCGAAGGGAUGGGCUCUGCUCAGUCCACCCCGAGACGGUCAGCGGCCUCGCCGUCUCCAUCCCAGUCUCCCAGGAUCGGAGAAGCUGCCACUUUCGAUCCGUUUGGCUGCAGUCCUCAGCCGCCGGCCAAGGACCUACUGGGGUCGUUCCUCAGCACUUCAAAUACCGGCAGCAGAGACGCUUUCAUACAUACGACCCGAAGUCCGUCCCCGACAGUCCACAUCGACCCGUUCAAUAUGGCACCUCCUUCCGUUUCAAUUCAGCCCGACGUUUCAGGUACGUGGAAUUGGAGCGGCACCACGCCAGGCGGUUUAGGCGUGGGAAGCAGAUCGGCAGCUACCAGCCCCACUGGGUCACCGCACGGCACUCCUAUCCAUCAGCCCAAGCCGCAGAACCUCGACCCCUUUGCUGACCUCGGGACGUUGGGCGCCAAUUUAUCGGGUUCUGCGUUUGCCAGUAAGCCGACCACGCCAACGGGAUGCGGAGGGGGGUUUCCACCGGCUAGCUCGCCGCAGCACGUCGGAGGGUCCGGCCGGCAGCAGAACGCGGGGUAUAACUGGCAACAGACUCAGACCAAACCCCCAGCCAACAUGUCGCACUCCUCCCCGCAGAACAGACCCAAUUACAAUAUCAGCUUCUCUGCCCCCGGCGGCGGCGGGGGGCACAGCGAGAAAGGCAAGGCGGCCCCCGGAACCGAUAAACAGAAGUUUUCCGGCGACAAUUUCGAGGAUUUGCUCUCCGGCCAAGGAUUCAACGCACACAAAGAAAGGAAAGGACCCCGGACCAUCGCCGAGAUGAGGAAAGAGGAGAUGUCCAAGGACAUGGACCCCGAGAAGUUAAAGAUAUUAGACUGGAUUGAGGGUAAGGAGCGGAACAUCCGGGCUCUCCUCUCCACCAUGCAUACGGUGCUGUGGUCAGGAGAGACUAAGUGGAAAGCGGUCAGCAUGGCGGACCUGGUGACCCCGGAACAAGUGAAGAAGGUUUAUCGAAAAGCCGUCCUCGUAGUACAUCCAGACAAAGCCACCGGGCAGCCGUACGAACAAUAUGCAAAGAUGAUUUUUAUGGAGCUGAACGACGCAUGGUCAGAAUUUGAGAACCAAGGACAGAAGCCGUUAUAUUAACCCCGUAGUAUCCAGAUUCCCCCCCAAACGCAGCAUUCGUCCCGCAACAGACCCGGCAAAUCCACAAACAUUACAAAAAAAACCCAUAAAA